AUAUUUCAGUGAUUGUCUAGCCACAAGUCUCCAGAACCCCCUCGUCAGCGGCUCAGCGACACUAGACAAAACGGCGAACGAACUUUCUCCUCUCCGCUGCUCGCCGCGUUCUAUUCGUGACCCUCUCAUCUCUUCCUCCAUAGCGCCUAUUUGCUCCACCCCCAAAUAACUCCCCAUCCUUGCUCAGAGAAGCUCGGCGGCGACUUCUGUGCUCAAUCUCAUCACUGUCCGCGACAGGAUCCUCAAUACCGUUGUUUUUCCGCGUGUAAGCUCUUCGAGAGCAAAGGGUUAUCUUUCAAUGUGGCUUUCUGUUCAACUUAUUCUACUCACUACUGCCAUUUACACAACUAAUGCUGGUCAAGCAUCCCGCCAAGCUGCCGUCAACAGAGCCAUCGAGCAGACGAAAUCCCGGUUAACACCUGCAGCAACUCCAAAUCGAGUACCACAAAGAGCCAACGUGCGUUUGAAUGGCGACCAACUCACCACGUCAAGUCCCGGUAAAACAGAGAAUUUGGAUGUAGACAAACUGAAUAGACUGAUUCGAGCACUUGAUAAAACAUGGAUUAUGCCAAAGGCCGGAGCAAAAGAGCCCGUCGGAAGCAACUUCCAGUACAAAAAAACUUGUGCAUCGAUCUACAAGGCUAGACAUGGAGCUUGUCAGCAACUUGGUUUUGGAGUAAUGUGCUUCAAUUAUUGUCAUGAAAGAGGAGAGAAGUUGGCUUUCAAGUGCCAAGAUACAUCUGAUUCCACUUAUUGUAAGCAAUCAGGAACUUUCGAUACAUUCUUGGCAAAAUAUAGAAAGGAUGGGUACAAGGCAAAGGCGUAUAUUCAUCAGAUGAUUUCUCGUUGUUAUGCCACAACUGUUUGCAAUACUCAGACCGGAAUUCUCAACUCUACAAUUAUCGAUGAAGAUCCAGAGCCAGUUGAGAAAACCACCAAGGCCAACCGUCUGAAGUUGUUGACUCGCAAACCAGGAAAUUCUUUGUCGUUGAUGAAGCUGAAAACUAGAAUUACAACGACUACAAUGGCACCAGAAGAGGUACCAGAAGAAGAGGUUAUUCCAGAGGAAGAAGAGGAAAUUACAACUACGACCAGAAAAACUAGACCAGUGAAGAAGGUUGUAAACACUUUCCGUCAAAAGCCAACACCAGCACCUGAAGUGACCACAACGAAGGCUAACAUCUGGGACAAAUUCACAGUCGGAAACAAGGCAAAACCAACGCCAAAAUACAUUCCAUUCUGGCAAAGAUUAAUGUCAACAACUUCAAAACCAAUUGAAGAUGAAGCCACAGAAGAGACUGAAUUGAAUACAGAUGCUCCAGAAGAAGUGGAAGAAGCAUCGACACAGGCAGAAGUUUUGGAAAAGGAAACGGAGGAGACGACUCCAGAAGAACCAGAGAUCACUACAGUUCCAGAGGAAGACGUUGUGGUUACAAAAUCAAAAGUUCACAAAACCAACACUGAAGAGUCUACAGAAUCGCCGAAACACACAUUCAAGCCAAUUCCAAUAACAGUCCCAUCUACUGGACCAGAACUUUCACAUCAAAAACCAAAUGAAGACAUCUCUGGACCAGCAUUCUGGAAUAAAUUUCAGCCAAAUCGUUGGUUUGAUUCAAUUCAUUAUGUGACAAAUACCGGAAAGUAAAUUCAUUCCCAAAAUUAUUUAUGAAUUAUUUAAUUACUGUGCUCUCAAACCACCUUUUCUUCCGUCUUUUCUUUCCAUUCUCGGGUCAGCAUUUUCUUUUUUUUCUUCAACAUUUUCUGUAUUUCCCCCAAUCUUUCAUGUUUGUCUUUCAAAAAAAAAUUGUAUGCCAUAUUGGUUACACAGAUUUUAAUUUUACAAAAUUCUAUAAUUCUCAAUAAAUAAAUUUUUAAAAUUCAUA